AUGGGUUCCGUCGGCCACGACACCGCGAACACAAAGCCCGGAAAGGCAUGCUCGCCGUUGACUGGCGCGUCGCGGCUGAGAGAAAUGUUGAAGGAUCCCUCCAAGGUCGUCGUGUGUCCGGGAGUCUUCGACGGUUUCACGGCACGCUUGGCUUUGGCUGCUGGGUAUGAUGCCCUGUACAUGACUGGGGCAGGGACAUCAAUGUCCAGACUGGGGUGGGCGGAUUUGGGCAUCGCCACGCUGAAUGACAUGAGGAGCAAUGCCGAGAUGAUUGCGUCGCUCAACCCGUCAGUGCCCCUGAUUGCUGAUGCCGACACUGGCUACGGCGGACCGAUCAUGGUCACGAGAACCGUUACCCAGUAUGCUCGUGCCGGUGUGGCGGCGCUGCACAUCGAAGAUCAGGUGCAAGAGAAGAGAUGUGGCCAUCUCCUCGGCAAGCAGAUCGUGGACCGGGAGGUGUACUUCAGCCGACUGCGAGCAGCGGUCGCCGCUCGCGAUCAAUUACAAUCUGACAUCGUGCUGAUUGCGCGCACGGACUCGCGACAGAGCUACGGCUUCGACGAAGCCAUCGAACGACUGCAAGAGGCGGUCAAGAUCGGCGUCGACGCCGUGUUCCUCGAGGCACUCCAGACCAAGGAAGAGAUGGAAAAGGUGUGCCGGAUCAUGGGCGACACACCCGUGCUCUUGAACGUGGUGCCGGGCGGCGCCACACCCGAAGUUCCCAUCGAGGAGGCGACCAAGAUGGGCUUCCGCAUCCUCAUCUACCCGGGCCUCUGCAUCGGUCCCAUCCUCGAGAGCGUGCGCAACGAGCUCAAGGUCCUCCAGGCCACAGGCAAGACCACACCGAGAAACUCGGCCAGUGGUGUCAAGGAGGCGUUUAACUUGUGUGGACUGCAGGAGUGUAUUGAAAUUGACGUCGCGGCGGGGGGCAAGGCGUAUGCCACGGUCGGGAAGUAG